UGUGGUUGAGUUGAGAAAUGAGUCUAGCACGAAAGUUAGCAAAAAUUGGGAGGUGCUUGGCUUAAUUGUGGCUAUUGGCAAUUUACUAAGUAUGGUAAUAUUCACCACUUAUCUUCCAAAGCAAUUAAGCGAGCGGGGUAUUACUCGUGGUGCUUUUUGGUGA